AUGCACCACACAGACGCCAAAGCACAUGUCGCAGCAAUACCAGCAACACCAGCAACUUUACCUCCCGAGCCCCUCCCGCAGUCGUCGUCGUCGUCGUCGUUCAAGUUAGCGGACUUUACGUUGCUCACGACGUUAGGCACGGGCACGUUCGGGCGGGUGCGGCUCGUGCAACUUAAGCGCAGCCACUCGUCGUCGCUGUUUUGUGCGCUCAAGAUUUUAAAAAAAGCCGAAAUUUUACGGCUCCAGCAGCUCCACCAUCUAAAGUGCGAAGUGGAGAUUCUGCGCCGGAUUUGCCACCCGUUUAUUGUGAAUUACUUGGGCCACUUCCAAGACGCGAAGCGACUGUACGUCGUGCUCGAGUACGUGCAAGGCGGGGAAUUGUUUUCGUACUUGAGACGACAAGGCCGGUUCGCUGACCACGUCGCGGGCUAUUACGCGGCGCAGUUGGUCCUGGCCAUCGCGUAUCUCCAUAAGCAGGACAUUAUCUAUCGCGACUUGAAGCCGGAGAACGUGCUGAUUACGGCACAAGGGGCGCUGAAGAUCACGGACUUUGGCUUUGCUAAGGUUGUUGCCGACAAGACGUGGACCUUGUGCGGCACGCCCGAGUACCUUGCUCCCGAGAUCAUUCAGAGCAAAGGACAUGGCAAGUCGGUUGAUUGGUGGGCGCUCGGCGUGCUGGUGUACGAGAUGCUGGCCGGGUAUCCGCCGUUUUACGACGAGAACCCGUUUGGCAUUUAUCAGAAGAUUCUGGACGGGAAGAUUGACUUUCCGAAACACUUUGAUGCCAAGGCAAAGGACUUGAUCAAGAAGCUCUUGUCACAAGACCGCACGAAGCGAUUGGGCUGUUUACGGAAUGGAGCGGAAGAUGUGAAGAAGCAUAAAUACUUUGCCAAAGUGGACUGGGAUGCUGUGCUCGCACGGUCCGAGCCGCCGCCCUAUUUGCCACCGGUAAGAGGCCCCGGUGACCACACGCAUUUUGACGAGUAUCCUGAUUCACCCGUUGACGAUGCCGGCAUGCUCUAUGGCGAAGACCGAGCCGCUUUUGACGUGUUUGACCAAUUUUAA